AUGCGUCUGCGAUGGCGCGCGGCACGUACGGCACUCGGACCGAUCGGGUUGUUGAACCCAGCCGGAGUUGUCCCCAGCAAGGAUCACCCAAGAGGAGAAGAUGAUUCGAAAGUGCGCUCCGUUACGGACACUCGUUUGCAUGGUCCUAUAAUGUCUUCGACCCUGCCCAAGCCUGCACGAAAGAACAAAAAGGGUUCAGGCGUGAACUCCACCAAGAACACUAUCGCAACUGGUCCUAUAAGGGCUGGGACUAGACCUGUUUCCUCUGAUAUAGUUCAGAUUGACGGUAUCCCAAAAAGCAAGACAGAGUCAUAUACGGGAAAAUUGUGA